GUCCCGCCCUGCAGUGGAACAGAAACUGAUCAGGAAGUUCUCUGCUGUGAUCCUCAUUGGACCACAGGUCAGUCUUUAUUCUCUCUUCUUGGCAUCAGAGUCUAAAUCAAACAAAUCAAAGCUCUCACGCUGAAAUCUCGCGUUGUUUCCGUUCUGUCGUCGGGGAUAUUUCCAUUUCUAUUAAUUUUUUUCCCCUGCGCGCCACCGUGCAGAGCGAGAUUCGGGAGCGCGCAACUGCAGCAGAUCGUCGCGCGGAGGGCGGGGGAGCGCGCGUGCUCCUCUUCAUCGGCGCUCAUAGAGAAAAUCUGCCAGCAGCAGCCGAGCGGAGAACCGAACCUGUGCGGGAUCCGAACCGGACCAGGGUCCGUAGAACCGAGCCGCCGGUAGACCUGCAGGUGAACCGCAGAGACCCGGAUCCUGAUCGGAGCCGCAAAGCCGCAGAGCCGCAGCCCGAACCGGAGCAGCUCCGCCUGCGCUCCUUCCCCGGAUCUAAAGCUCGGAACCUGCGGUGGAAGAGCGGCCCGGAUCCGGAUCCCUGAGACCGCCGCCUCCCCCAAUGGGUCAGAACCGGGCUGCUGGUCCCGCAGAACCCCAAAGACUCCUCUCUCACCUGCGCGCACCUGAGCCGACCUGCGGGGGCCGGAUGAUGUAGGCGCCGCUGCCCCAGCAGCAGCAGCAGGUACCGACCCAAAACCCAGGAUCCAGGUGUCAGCAGAACCCAGGUCUCUGGAGCCCAGGUCUCAGCCCCCCAGGUCCCCGGUCCACAGAAGCACCAUGCCGGCGGGGAUGAAACCGCUGGAGAAGUUCCUGAAGAAGCAGACCACCGCUCUGACCCGGGCCGGGGGGUUCGGAGGGGUGGGGGACAAGGCCAGCGGGACCGGAGCGUCCCGCCGCAGGGCCAGCCUGUCCCGGGUGGUCCCGUUCUUCAGGGAGACCUCACCUGAAAGCGGCCACGUCCGGGAGGUGUUCAGCCCUGACAGUGAGGACCCCCCCUCCUGGCCCUCAGCUGCAGGAACCGGGCCGGCCACAGUUCCCUGCAGCGCCAACGGCUCCAGCUCCGGCUCUGGACCCGGCUCUGGUUCUGGUUCCGGUUCUGGGGGAGGAGAUGUUCGCAGUCCUUCUCUAUCCAGCGACGAACAGAGCUCUGAGGCCAGCCUCAUCACGGAGACCAGCUGCGUGGGAGGAGGAGGAGGAGGAGGAGGAGGAGGAGGAGCGACGCCUCUUCAUCCUGAUACUCCAGAUAACCUGACGCUGGCCGUCCUGGAUGGAGUCGCUGGAAAAAGAUUUGGACACUGUUCAGAAACCCUGCUGGAUGACUUCAUGUUGACACAUCCCAUCUUCCUGACGGCGGACAGGCUCCAGCAGGUCCUGCUGCAGCAAUUCACCUUGGAGGCGGAUGGAGGAGGCGGCGAGCGGAGAGAUGGAGAGGUGCAGAUGAGCGCAGCAGAGAGGAAGCAGGCCGUGUUGAACAUGGCCUUCAGGUACCUGGACACCUACAGAGAGCUGCUGCAGGAGGAAGGAGAGCGCAGCAACAGCUUCCCAAAGGAGCUGUACUCGUGUGCGGUGAAGGAGCUGACUCGGUACCCCGAGCUGGUGGAGGACGUCCUCAAGCUCCAGCGAUGGACCGAGAUCCUGCACUGCCCCUCCGAUGAGGAGAAGGAGAGCAGGAAGAAGCAGGUCCGUCCACUCUUCAGACACUUCAGACGUAUCGAUGCGUGUCUGCAGCCCCGCGAGGCCUUCAGAGGCUCAGACGAAAUCUUCUGCAGGGUGUACACCCCGGAUCACUCAUACGUCACCAUCCGGAGCCGCCUGUCCUGUCGGGUCGGAGAGAUUCUGGCGCUGGUCAAAGAGAAGCUCCAGUACAGUGAAGACCAACCAGUUCUACCGGGGAACCUCAUACUGGUGGCCGUCACCUCAUCCGGAGAAAAAGCCGUUUUCCGUCCGAGCGACGAGGCCGUCUUCACCACGCUGGGAGUCAACACCCACCUGUUCGCCUGUGAACCCUCUGAACUGGACUCCCUGCUUCCUCUUCCUGAGGAGAUCCACUGGACGCCUGGCGACAGCAAACUUCAUGACAUGUCGGCGGAGGAAGUGGCCAAUCAGCUGGUGGUGUUCGACUGGGAACUUUUCAGCUGCGUUCAUGAGGUGGAGUUCAUCUGUUACGUAUUUCACGGCGAGCAGUCGCGCUGGCGCCCCCUAAACCUGGAGCUGGUACUGCAGCGCUGCAGCGAGGUGCAGCACUGGGUCGCCACGGAGAUCCUGCAGUGUCAGUCGCUGCCGAAGAGGAUCCAGCUGCUGCGCAAGUUCAUCAAGAUCGCAGCGCUCUGCAAACAGCAGCAGGACCUGCUGUCCUUCCUGGCCGUGGUUCUGGGUCUGGAUAACCCAGCUGUCAGCAGACUGAGGCUCACCUGGGAGGGUCUCCCAGGGAAGUUCAGGAAGCAGUUUCAGCAGUUUGAAAGCCUCGCUGAUCCCUCCAGGAACCACAAAUCCUACAGAGACCUGAUGACCAGCCUGAGGCCUCCGCUGAUCCCGUUCACCCCGCUGCUGCUAAAAGACCUAACAGAGCGUUUGGGUUCUUGUCGCGGUCCGAUGCUAACUGAUGCUAACGUCUCUAUGUUUGUUCCGCAGCAUAAAGUGGCUGAGAUGGUGAGAACCAUCAGACGGUUCCGAAGCUCCCAGCUGGCCGUAGAUACGGAAACGUCCCCCUCACACCUGCAGACCAAGGCCUACGUCCGUCAGCUGCAGGUGAUCGACAACCAGAACCUGCUGUUCGACAUGUCCUGCAAGCUGGAGCCCAAAGACACGUAGAGGAGCAGAGGAGGCAGGCGGAGGAAGAGGAGGUUCAGGACAUCAGACUCACAGCCGCUCCUUUUCCUCCUCAUCCUGCUGAACCCAAAACUCUCCUGCUGCUGCUGCUGCUGCUGCCGACUGAUCUGCAUCACUGGAAAAAAACCCGAACCAUCCGGAUCGACCCAAAACCUAAAUGCUGGUUCCUAACGCACAGCUGGACCGCGUUUCAGUUUGGAUCGGACCGAUUCUCUGCAGCAGAAAAAUGAAAAUCAGACAUCAGCCUGCCUCUAAAAUCUGCCAUUAUUAGAAACACUUUGCUUCUGUCCUUUAAAGUUUAAAGUUUCUCUAAGUCUUUGGUUAGAAUCAGUUCCUCUCUUUCCAGAUGUUCUUAAGUGAGAAACAUCACUGGAUCAGGCUUCUUCUAUUAUUCCCCACUAUAAAGUUGUUUUUGAGCCCUAAAGGAGAUGAGCUGCUGGUGAUGGGAAUCUUUCUUCACCAGUAGAUGGCAGUAUUUGUUCAGUUUUCUUCCUUUAAAGGAGUCAUAUCUGGUAUUUCACAGAUAAAAUCCUUCUGAAAUUUUACUUUAAUUCUUGUUUGAUUUAGGGCUGAAACAAUUAAUGUGAUUAAUCAUGAUUAAUCAAUUAUUUAAAUAAUCAUCAACUAAUUGAUUCAUCAAUAAAUCAUUAACUUGAGUAU